AACUAGAGAAAAAUAAAAAAAAUCAAAAUGGUUUGAUAUGGAAAAUGAAAAUUACUACAGUAUUGGAUCAAUUUACAUAAAAUAAUAAAAUCAACCUAUUAAAAAUUGUGUUCGUUGUCGAAUGUGAUAUUAAAAAGUGAAUAAAUAAAGUGAUGUGCUAUUUCUGUGAGCUAGAAGGACUUGUUGACGAGUAAUUGAAAUAGUGAUAUCAUCGUAUUUUUUGCUCUCGGAGCGGUUUCAAGUGAUAAUGUGUGGCCAUAGAUAAUCGAGAAUAUUUUAUUGUAAAUAAACAUGGCAUCUGUCUGGAAGCGCCUCCAACGCGUGAAUAAGCGCGCCGCUAAGUUCCAAUACACUGCAUCCUAUCAUCAGAUAGAGCUUGAUCUCACUCCAAAAUGGAAACCAAAUAAGUUGAGCAUUGUAUGGACGCGAAGAUCUCGUCGUGUCGUCACCGAUCCAUUGGAAUGGGAACCCUCGCUUAAGGACCCUUUAAAAGGUUCAGUGAUAUUUGGAGUAGAGAAUCACACGAUAGCAGUGACUUUGUUCAGAGAUUCACGGACUAAUGAACUCGAGGACAAGGAUUGGACGUUUGUUCUUGAAGAUGUUUCGGUAACCGGCAAGCGGCGUCGUCUGGCGUCUUGCGCGGUGAACUUGCGCAAACAUGCGUCACUUGCGCCUGCGCAGAAGCCGCUGAAAUUUACCCUAGAGCCGCUGACGAAGAAGCUUAAAGGCGCCAGGCUACACUUAACUCUACACUGUGUUCUGCUUAGAGAGGGACAGGCCACUGACGAGGACAUGCAAUCUCUUGCCUCUCUUCUUUCUGUCAAUAAUAACUCUGAUAUCGCAGUGUUGGAGGAUCUGGAUGAAGAUGAUUACACGUUGUCUGAUAGCUCUACUAGACAAAUGCUUGAUCUCCGUCAACAAAUGGAAGAAAUGACACAGAGUCUAACAAAUUCUGACAUAGCGGCCACCCCUAACAGUGUACAAAGUCUCAAUUUUGACAAGACCCCAACAGCACAGAGUCCCACAACACCAGUUAAUGCUGUGGAAGCAUUUGGCGAAGACGCGGUGACCCCCAAAAAUAGACCGGAAUAUUUGAGCAGUCUCACGAAGGCUAUGAGAGCUGAACCCAAGUUUAGUUCCACACCCAAACCUGUGGUAGCUCCUAGUGAGGAGAAGUUAGAUAAUUUGAAAGUUACAGGUCUAGUUUUCAAACCGAAAACGGUUGCGAAACGUAAUUUGAAACCCCUGGAACUGAAAACUAACUUAAACAACAUUAGCUUGGAUACUAAUGACAACGAAAGAAAAGACGAAAAGACACCGGUGCCUGAAGAAAGACUGACUGUUCCGCAUGUGGAGAAGGAUAAGACACCGAUGGUCGACUUGGUCGAAUGGUGUCAGUACAUAACUCGAGAGUAUCCAAGAUGUCCAGUCACUGACCUCACUACCAGCUUCAGAUCGGGACUCACUUUCUGCGCCAUUAUACAUCAUUUUAGGCCGGACCUUAUUGACUUUUCUGGGCUGCAACCUGAUGAGAGUGAAGAAAAUGUUCGUCGUGCUCUCGAAGCGAGCGUUAAACUUGGAAUUUCACAAGUUCUUACUGUCGCUGAUGUUUGUGGAGGACCUGUACCUGAUAAACUGGCUGUGAUGACAUAUCUAUUUCAACUGAGAGCAUACUUCACUGGCAAUGAAUUACAAGUGGAACAGCUAGGUAACGAUGAGACAGAAUCCUCGUACAUGGUGGGCAGACAUGAUACAGAUGACAGUCUUCCACCUGAGUUGUUCUCUCGAGAAGUCAGCACCAGAAGAUCUAGGAACGUUAUGGACAGACCGCCAGUACUUAAGCAAGAGUCGCAAGAGUCCCGCCAAUCUUUAGACUUAUCUCCGGAUAAAUCCCCCGCUAUAAAGGAUAUGAAGGACAUAUUCCAACAGUCAAAGAACAUUCUUGGCAAAAUGCUGUCUCCUGCAAAGGAUUUGAGUCAGAAACCUACGGCCAAGUGGUUUAAUGAACCAAUCAAGACUGAGCCUCUUCCGCGCCCGGAAAAGUUGAUGACACGCAAAGAACUCACAGAUCCGUUCGGAUCUGAUGAUGAAGAGGAAGCUCCACCAGUCAAAGAUAUCAAUAAUGGUAUCGUGCAACCAGAUCAGAAACCAACAAUUGAGCCGGCAGCCACAGAUCCACUUAAUGUCUCCCAAACGCAACCAAAUGACAAGUUGAAACCUUCCACCCCAGAAUUACCCAAACCUACACCGCAAUUGUUAUCGCGUCAUGACGAAUUAAAAGAAAAAGCUAGACAGCUGCUAGAGGCUACUAAGCGUGAAGCGAGGGAAAAGGAUAGAAAGAGACAAAGUCUGAAAGAGAAAGAGGAUAAGAGUGAAAUAACAAAUGGACUGAAGAAUGGUGAAAGUCCUAAAAAGGGUAUGUCUGAGGAAGAGAGACAAAACAUGUUACGCGAGAGGGCGAGGAAGAUCAUAGCUGACGCAAGAGCUGGGAUUGUUAGUCCAAAAUCACCAAUGUCACCAUCCCGAAUCAAUCCCGGUACUGUGGAAAUCAUCAGUAAACAUUCUGUUUUAGAAGAAUUAGCUGCUGGUGGUAUGGAGCAUCUAGAAAGUUUAGUCAAUAGAGAAUCGGCGCCUUCGAGUCCCGGUUCCAGGAAGAGCAAUCCCAGCCCAGAAAGAAAUGAAGAAACAAAAGAAGGGAAGAGUAGAAGUCAAUCUCCAAAUGAUUCUCGGAAGUCGCCGCUCCAUUCCUUCAGUGCGCUCGUUGACCGACUGUCUCCUGAACCUAAUAUGGAGGAUAAUGAGAAUAAAGAAAGUUACAGCACUUAUAUAGCGAGUGAAUUGCAAGCGUUAGAGCGAGAACAGAAAUGUAUCGAUGAAAAGGCCGCGGCUUUAGAGAAACAAUUAAGACGGGUCAUGGACCGGGCUGAUAAUACUGAAGAGGAAGAUCGUCUGAUGUCGCAGUGGUUUCAUCUCGUUAAUAAGAAGAAUGCGUUAAUACGCAGGCAAAUGCAACUUAAUAUACUAGAAAAAGAGGAAGACUUAAGCCGUCGAUGCGAGCUGUUGGCUCGCGAAUUGCGCCUGUCACUCGGCGUUGAAGAAUGGAGAAAGACUCCAGGGCAGAAGAGACGAGAGAUACUUCUCUUACAAGAUUUAUUAUCAGCUGUUAAUGAGAGGGACAGGCUUGUACAAGAAAUGGAUGAACAGGAGAAAGCGAUAGCGGAAGAUGACGAAAUUCAGCGGAAUCUUAGCAAUGUUGAAAUACGGAGACCGAACAAUUGCUUGCUUCAGUAAAUUUAGAUUUGCCAUUCACGAAUUCGCUUUGAUACAAAAACACUGUAAACUAGAUUUAUGGGCGUUAAUUCGGGCCUUCCUUAAUCCGUUGUAAGAAGUAUUAAAUAUCUGAUAAAAUAUAUAAUAGAAUAGUAGAAUUCUGACAGCUAUCACUUUUUGACAUAUCAGAGUUUGCAAACCUUUCUGACCGGGCGCAUUUUUCAAUUUCAAUGCGAGUCUCAACAUCGGAGUGUAUACAUACAUUUUAUUUGUUAGUGAAUGUGUCCAUUGCUCCACAUUAAGUGCUCCACUUCAAAAGUAGUUUAAUGGAGAGUGAUGAUUACGUCUCUUUUCGUUACAAACAGUAAAAAACGCACACAAACAAGGAAAGAUAAUUUUUUUUUAUAAAAGGUUUACUAAAUCUGGAUUAAGUAAGUAGCGAUGUCAGCGAAAUAAAUAACGAAAGUGAUUUCGUUUCGUGAUGUUGAAAUAUUUGUUAUAUUUAGAGUUACCAUUUUGUUGGUAAGACGUAAAAAAAUAGGUAGCAUUUUAUCUUGUAUUGCCCUCAAAUGGGUCAUAUUUCCCUCUUUUUCGGUGGAGCACUUUUUAGUAGCAACACUAAUGAAAUGUCAGAAUUCUACAGAAUGAAAAAUCUGAGUUUUGACAUUAGUUUUAUUUAAAUAUUAGAAGAGACGCACUUUAGUUAUUGACUGUACAAUGACGGUCUUCGUGGAUGGCAUUUUCAUUUUCUUAUUCGAAUAAAAACUAAAAAGAUUUAUUUUAAGUAUAGUGUUUAAACCAAAUUAUUUCGCAUUGCUUCUGAAAAUAAUAUUAAUCUAUCAUUCAGAUAAAAUAGACGAGUUUUUUUCAAUUUUGAAGUAAACCGCACAGUUUCAUUGUUAGUCGACAAAUGAGGAUUCUUAAUAGAUGAAGUAAGUUUUUUUAGUUUUUCUGUCGAAUUCCUAGAAUUUUUUUUUAUUAGAUGACGCUGAAAAUCAGAAAAAAAUGGAUAAUUUAAUUUCGUAUUUAUUAUUGCACUGUUUGUGUUGUAUUUUUUAAAUGUAGCUAAAUUAUAUACACUCAAUACUCAUACUGUUAGAGUAAGUAUAUCUUUGGGAUUUUGUAUGUCAAUCAAAUUUAAUUUCAUUACCUAUACAUAUAUCAGAAUAUCUGUCUCUCUCUAUCGUAUAUUUAGUGAAAGAGACAACUAUCAAAUGUCAUUUUUUUAAUGAAUUAUUUCUAGCCCUGUUUAGUUGCAUUGAAAAAUUACCCAUAACUAGAUGGGACAGAAUUGGUGGAAUAUUCGCGGUUUAUUUUCUUAUGAAUUGAGUCUAAAAUUGUUUUAUAGCAAGAUAGAACUUUAGUUCAUAGUUUACCAAAGAGCCGAGGUGGGGUAUAGACUUAAAGAUAAGUAUUAUUAUAGUAAGCAUUCAGAAUGUUUUAAUUGUGAUUUAAUUUUUCGUUAGUAAUUGGAUAAAUCGAAUGCAUAUAAAUAGAAAUAUAUAAUAAACAAAUGAAACGCAUUCUUCGUCUCAUGUAGAAAAUGCUCUGUGCUUGGUUGAGGCUAUUUCGAUGGUAUUGGCGGGGAAGGCCCGACAAUUUUUAUCACAGUAUCCAAAGAGUCACAAGGUCGACAUGCUAAAGUUAUUGCGACUUUUAAUACGUUUAUAUAAGUAUUACAUAUAUUCUCUAUAUAUCAAAUUGUUUAUGUGAUAAAAACAUAGGAGUAGUUUUUAAUUAUUAUUUAUGCAUAAGUCUAUACCCUAAUAAGGACGUGAUAAGUACAAGAUGCCAUAUCCUGUACAAUUUAAUUUUUGUAGUUUGUAAAUAUUUUAGCUUUAUGGUGAAAUCUUGCCAGAGGUGCGCUAUGUGUUGGAUAUAACUUGCGCAGGCAAAUCGGCAAUUGAUAAGGCCAUGAAUUAAGUAAAAUGUAAAUACGAAAGUACCUGCUUUUUCUGGAUAGGGUUUUGGGUAAAUCCCGCAAAUUUUACAAGUGGGUUCUAAGGCUUAUUACCUUAUAACGAUGUAACAAAUAAUUUUUAAUUUUUGACAUAAGUGUAUUACAUUGGGAAUAGAAGGGAGUAAUUUUUGGUCUGAGAUAGCAAGUGAGUCUACCCUCAAAUACAGUCAUCUACAUCGCUUAAGGCGCUAGUUUUAGCUUUAGCAGGUCUUUAAACUUGAGGAUUGCUUUAUGGAGGUAAAAGUUACACUUGUCUGGACUUCUUGGACAUAAACGCUUGGUUUAAAAUGUAGCAAAUAUCGCUAAGACUAUUACUAUUGUAUACAUUGUUCGGACUAGACCCGAAAUCGGAUGUCGCUAACAUUUAUCUCGACUCGCUUGGGCCCAGUAAUAUCAAUGUCUAAACUUGGAGUCCCAAGAAAAUAGUUUAAUGUUUGAUAUAUCAGCGACACGUAAAUUAAUACCUCGGUAAUUUAUUUUGUAUAUAAAUUGUUAGUGUUGACAUCGUAUUAUUUAUUUAAGUGACUUUUUUAAAAUGAAAUAUCGGAAUCGACUUUGAAUUAAGGUGAAUUUGGUUCAGUUUAAAUAAAUAUUCAACAGUCUAAAGAUUUUUAAAGGCGUAGAAAUUUGUCUUGGUGUGUGUCUGGAGAACGGUAUACAAUUAAUAUACAUACCCAAUUGAGGGAUUACUUUGUUUGUCAUUAAACAUAGACUAUGUAAUGAUUGUAUUGGACACUUGAUUCUAUAAAUUAUCUGUUGACGUUUUCUUAUUGGAAUCUGUAACUUAAGACAUAAGGUGCUGUUUUUAAAAAUUAGCUAUGGUUCGUGCAAUUUAUUGGUCAUUUGAGAUAUCUAUUUAAUGUAUUGGAUUUUUGUAAUAUGAAUUUAACCGCGCCUUUUAUUCAAUGUUUUGUGCCUAAUGUUAAAAUUAGCGUAUAUGUUGAGUCCUUGUGUACAUAGUUAAUGUGUGAAUGUGUGCGUUACGAGUGAUACGGCUUUGGCAUUAUUUCGCAUAUCUUUAAGGGUAUAUUUUUAUAUGAACGCAAAAUUAUUAGAUCUCAAUUGUGAACGAAAAUCUGUCAGUUUAGAUGCGAAUAUGAGCGACGCCGAUCAUUUUUCCUGUUAUUUAACUAGAGUAAUCCAGCAAUCAAUAUAAUGCAAAAGUAAAACUAUAAUGCUGAUUCUAAUGUAUGAUGUAGAUUAUGUAUAAAAUGACGGCUACUAAAUCACAAUUUAAUAUUAGGUUUACAGUUCCUAAUCAGAAAUAUUCAGUCUUGGUUCGUCAAAUACGUAAAACAUUUUUGUGUGUUUAUUUUCAAAUUUAUUUGAAUAAUUUCGGGUACAUUAGAAUUAGCACCAAUUUCUAAUAAAUGCAUUUCGAUUUAUCGCUCAUAUUUGGCAGAGCACUUAUAGAUUAAUACACUUUCGAUAUUAGUAACCUAAACAGCUGAGUGUCAAUAGAUUGUAGACUAGAAAUCUUGCAUAAUGGAUCGCUAAAAGUUUUAUUUGUCUAUGACUCGUAAUUAUUAAAGUGAUAUUCUACAAUUG